UCCCAGUGAGGUCACAUCUAUUCAACCUGCCGCUUCAGAGUGGAAAGCUUUCUCGAAAAUUCCAAACUCGUUUGGAACAUAUUAUAAAAGAAACAGGAGUUACUAAAAUUAAAUAAUAAGAUGGUUAAAGUAGUCGACUUCAAGGGACAAAACUACGAUAAAUUGAAGAAGGAAUGUGCCCACUCGACAGAAUUAUUCACCGAUUCACUUUUUCCUCCGGGAAAUGAAUCUUUAAAUCUCAACCCAGAAAGUUCUAUCCGGUUGGGAAACAAUGCUGUUGAAUGGAAAAGGAUCACGGAAAUAUGCGACACUCCAAAACUAUAUGAAAAGACGUCAAAAUGUCACGGGAUGAGCGAUGGGCUUAUCGGUAACGGUUGGUUCAUUUCUGCCGCUAGCGCGAUGGCUUCCCGCCACGAAUUAUGGGGUCACGCGAUACCAAAUCAUGGCAAUGAGGCGAACCCCGUUGGCAUUUAUCACUUCCACUUCUGGAGAUUUGGUAACUGGUUGGACGUUUGUGUGGACGAUUAUCUUCCCACGAUAAAUAAUAAAGUGGUGUCCUCCCAUUCACUGAACGAGUCUGAAUUCUGGGUUUCUCUGUACGAAAAGGCGUUCGCAAAAAUUUGUGGGUCAUACGGUGCAAUGGAAGAUUUCAAUCUGCUGGACGCUUUGUCCGACAUUACUUCCGGUUUCCCACAACAAAUUUCCAUUCCGGUUUUGCAAGAAAGCGACGAGGAGAGAAUUGUGUCCAGUGAUGUAAUCCAUAUAAAGGAAAUUAUGAACAAUACACUGGCCGAAGGAAGUUUGAUGUGUUGCUCAAUUUUGGUAAGAGAACCAUCUGAGCAAUCCGCCAUCACUGAAUCCGGACUUGUUCCUGUACAUAAUUACGUGGUCACGGCUACUAAGGAAAUCCACCUGGAUUGCACGGGACACCAAUCAAUGUUUAAGACAGGUGAAAAAAUCCUACUCGUCAGGCUGAGGCACCCGUGGGGUUCUAAGGAAUGGAAUGGCCCAUUCAGUGAAGAAUCUUUGGAAUGGACACGCAUCGAAAUUGGAGAACGAAACAAAUUGGGCCUUGUAUUUGAGGAGGAUUCAGAAUUCUGGAUGCCUUUCGAAGAUUUCAUAUCCAAAUUCGACCUCCUGACAAUUUGUCAUAUAAAAUCACACUCCAUAUUGCCCUCACUUCACAAGGGUCGUCCCAUGUGGCACGAAGCGGUCGCCCUCGGCGCCUGGACGCGACCUAACCACGCCGGCGGUGCGUACUCCUCCAUCGGAAAGGAUGCCUGGCUUCAUAACCCACAAUACCGCUUGGACGUCUCACACCCAAAAAUCGAACUCAUACUGGAAUUAGUGCAAAAGGAGCAGCAACUUCAUGACGGGACGCCACAUUACACGAAAGUGGGAUUCAACAUUUUGAAGGUUGAAGAAAAUCGAGAGCAUCGCAUCCACAAAGUGAGCAAUCCACCAAUCAUCACAUCCGAUUACGUGCAAGGUCGAAACGUCGUGUGGAAAGGAGAUUUAACAAAGGGUCGAUACGUACUUAUCCCAACAACGCAUGAACCCCACAUUGCCGCCGAGUUUAUGAUCCGACUCCAUUCUGACACCGAAAUCAAAUUGAGCGAACUAAUUGAUGACUACCCGGAUCCAUUUUUGAACUGCCCGCCCUUCGUGACAAAGCCCGUGGCGGUGACGCAAAUCACAGUCGUGGGUGCUACGGGGUUGGCCGAGUGUGAAAACACUUUCUGCAUCGUGAAAGUUGAAGGUGAAUCUCUGCAGUCGGAAAUUGUUUAUAAUUCCCGCGAACCACAGUGGGGUCUGCAAGGGAUAUUCUAUCGGAAGGAUGUCUGCAAGCCGGUGAUUGUUGAGUGUUGGGAAAGCAAGCCGCAGCACUUUGACCGAUUUCUGGGGUCCGCUGUCCUCAGUGGAGAAUCCGACAAUGAAAUGAUUUCCCUUAAAAAAUCCCUCGUCGGAAAGGGCGACAAACGGACGGAACUACAUCCCGGAGAAAUUGAGGUCCUCAUAGCAACAUAUGACGACCUGAUGGCAAUUUAAGCUUUGUCAGAUGCAAAUGAAGCGAUACAUAGCGUCUAAAAAUCUAACUUGAUAAUUAGCACCUAUGUAUGUAGUUAGUCAUAAAUAGAUAUGUUUACUAUUAGAUAUUCACUCCCGGAAGGAAUUAAAAUUGUGGACAAUUUUGCUUCUUGCAAGCCUAAACAUGAAUCAAGUUCUGAUGACAUGACCUGCCAAGCAUGAAGUGCUUCAUUUUUUUAAUAAGUAGCCUCAGAUAAAUACAUACAUACAUACAUAAAUCUAUCUGUAUAUAAAUACUCAUUAAUAUGCAAAUCUUUAUCUAUGCGUCGUCACUAAAACUUUGAACUUUGUGAAAAAUAACUGUUGUCUCCCGUUAAGUAUGUAGAUAUUUAAGCAGAAAUAAUACUUGUGUAUGGUAUAGUCUUUUUAUGUCUUUACAUUGCAAAACUUUUACCAUAAGGCUCAGAGGAACUCAUUAAUAGUUCACUUAAAAAGUAGAAUGGUUAGUUGCUCAGCAUCUGUAUACAAUUCCAGUGUCAUAUUUAUCUAGUUCCCAAUAAAGGCUUCACUGCAACCUGAAACCACUAUAAAAUUGGACGAUCUUUGGAAUUCCAUUAGAUAGUUUUACAAAAUACAUGAUAUAUCUGUACGUGUUUAGAUUAAAAUUAUAACAUUUUAAACGACGGGCUUCUCCUUCGAUAGUUUUUUAGUUACUGGGUACAUUUAUUUCCCAUUGGAAAUUCUAUUUCUGUGAAUUUCACAUAAAUGAAAGAAUUUAUCCGGUAUGUAAAUGCACAAAUAUACACAGACUCCCGACAAAUUCAACAAAUUGGCCUGGAUUAUAUAAAUACAUUUGAGUUUGGGUAUCUUUACGACGAGCAGUGGUCCUGGUCAACUCGCUACCCUAACGCAGACCGCCCUACAUGAAGCGAUCUUCCGCAUAUUGCAGAGUAAAAUAAGAUUCCAUUUAGAUAAUAUUUUUUAUGGUUACAUUAAAUUGUUGUCGUAUGUACUAUAUGAACAAUUAUAAGUAGAUAAUGGUACCGGCCAGAAUAUUUCGUUCCCGGAGACUUUAAAUGACACUAUCCCGUUUAAACUUGGUCCCAAAAGUGUAGUCAAUAACCAACCAAUCAAAAAACAGCACAUUGCUCCAAAAAUUUCCCCAGAACAAGCCGUUGGAACGUUUGGAAGCGGAUUUAACGGUGAGUUCACAAUAUCGUUUAAAAACAACACCUCUGGGGUCCCAGAACUACAUCUUGAAUAUGGAAAGUGGGGUUUGGCUUGGUUGAAUCAAACUUCUCCGUCAACAUUUGCAUCACCGAGUGGGAUUCCGAUUUUUGGAUGCUGCUCUGGCCCGAAAAUAAGGGCGUUCUCAACCAAACUUUAGAGUUUGUCAAUGCCGACACAAUUCGGUACUUGGAUCAGGGUGAGGAAAGUACGACACUGUUCAAAAGGGGGGAAAAAGUUGGUGACUUGCCGGUAAUUCCGUGGGAGGAGGAGACCUGUAAAAAUAAGGUGUAGACAUGGGUUCAUUUGCGUAAUUAUUUUCGCAAUAAUUAAAUUCAAUUAAUAUCAAUUAAGAAUAUAAGUUCAAUAACGUAUAAAUUCAUGUAAUUAAAAAAUAAAAGGUCGCUAAGUUUAUAGAUUAAAAUCCGUUAUCUAAAAAUUAUCUGUAAAUACCGGCGAGUUAUUUCUGGUUUAAUUAUUAUAGACAUUUUUUCUACAAAAAUUUAUGUACGCACUUAAAGUAUGUACAUGUGUACGAGAAAUAAACGAGAAAUAUUUGC